AGCCGCGCGUGGCGUAGGACAAUGCCUAAGUCAAAGGAACUUGUGUCUUCAAGCUCAUCUGCCAGUGAUUCAGAUAGCGAAGUUGACAAAAAGGCAAAGAGGAAAAAGCAAGCAGCUCCAGAAAAGCCUGUAAAGAAACAAAAGACUGGUGAAAGUUCAAAAGGUGCAGCUUCUUCUAAGCAAAGCAGUAACAGAGAUGAGAAUAUGUUUCAGAUUGGCAAAAUGAGGUAUGUCAGUGUUCGUGACUUUAAAGGGAAAGUCUUAAUUGAUAUUAGAGAAUAUUGGAUGGAUCAAGAAGGUGAAAUGAAGCCUGGCAGAAAAGGUAUUUCUUUAAAUCCAGAACAGUGGAACCAGCUGAAGGAACAGAUUUCUGAUAUUGAUGAUGCAGUAAGAAAACUGUAAAGACAGAGCCAUACAGAAACUUUUAUCAUUUUAGUUGUUUUAAGCGGUCUUUUUACAUUGGCUUUUGUUUUCUAAAAUAUUGUUUUCCAAGCUAUUGUAUAUUUGGAUUGCAAAACGAUUUGUAAGAUGAAUACUUUUUUUAUGUGUAUUAAAAGUGUAUUCUGAGUGAGGCUAUUUGUCUAUACUUUACUAAAAGGAAGUGUGUUGCUUUCACCUCAUGGUGUAAAAUAAAACAAAUCAAAUAAUAUGUAAAGCAUACUUGUUUAUGGCCUUUUGAUUGAAGGUGUUUGCUGAUAAGGCCACCUAAUAGCUUUAGUCUUUCCUUUAGUUUCAGUUAAGUUAACAGUUGAGUUUGUUUUCUGGGGAGAUUUCUUAAAAUGUCUCCAUGUAAUUUUUUUCUUUUAUUUCGUACUCUUUUGGUAUUGCCCUGACAGCUUUCUGCUUUAAGACUUGAUACAAACAGUGAAUACUUGGUAAAACACAUUUUUGUAGAUAAUUUUAAAUACUGUAUUUGCUAAUUUACCCUAUUUAUUCAGAUGUAAACAGUCCUGAGUAUAUAGACUUUUUUUGCAUUACUUGCAUGAAGUGUUACGCUAAACAAUAACACUCAAACACAAGCCACAUGCUAUUUCUUCCCAUUUUUCUAUAGCUUGCUUGACUUAGAAAAUACAAUUAGCCUUUUUUCUUGGACCCUAGAUUUUAGAAUGUGAUGCAUAAACUUUUACAGUAAUAGACAUAUACCUCAGAGUAAGAUAGUGUUUAAAAGCUCCAAAUGUGAUUAUUAGGUACCCUUUUCAAGCUUUACAUUAAAUUCAUUCUUGAAUACAUACUAACUAGUUAUUCUAUAGGAAAGAACAGUUAACCUGUCUUUGUAGAGCAUAUGUUUGUUUGAGAGUCUUGCAUAAACAAUGAUGCUUAAACUAGGCUGUAACACAGGUUACACAGUCAAACAGGGUUAAAAUUGCUUCAGCCGAAACAUCUGGCUGUCAUGCUUCUGCCCUGCCCACACUGCCUGCCCAAACCACUUAACUUGGCUUGCUUUGUGUGGCUUACAUGUGCACAGCUGUUCUACCUUUUGUACAGAAGACACUUGGCGCUUAAGUGAAGCGCUGGUGCAUAGUGGAUCAUGACUCUAGCAAGCUUCACUUAUCAACCAUUGUACUGUUCUGGUAAGAGAAGCUUCUGUCCGGUGAAAGUUCUCUAAGAGUAGAUGCUGCCCCAGUUGAAGGGCUUCUUGGUAGAUGUCACGAACAAUGGAAUGAAGAAGGGAAAAUGUGUUUGAGUAGAACUUGGCGAGAUAAGGGGCAUGCCAAUAUGAAAGUUAACGAUGAAAGAUCAAAGUUAGCUGACAUAUAAUAGCUACAGUGAAGAAAUGUAUGUUAGUGGAGUUGGGGAAGAGUUCAUUUUCUGACUUAAUUCAGUUAAUCCAAGGAAGAAGAUGAAACAACUUCAUGAAAAUUGACAUUUCAAGACUUAUUAGUGAAUGUACAACUAAAUUGGUUUGGCUGUAAUUUUCCCAUUUUAUGUUAAUCUAUUUUUAAAAUUUUGUAUAGAUAAACCAGGAUUUACUAUUUGUUUAAUUUUGGGAUUUCUUAAUAUUAUUGUUUAUAUUGCCAACAUCCAUGGAAGUGCCAUACACAGACUGUUCCUGUGCUGCAGUUUAUAAUUCAAUACAAAUAGGUAUUGAAGGGUGAGGAAGGGUAACUUCAUCAAAUUAAAUAUGUUAUUUAAUUUAAAUAUUAUGUCAGAUACCUCCACCUGCUUUUUAACUUACCCGUUAUUGACAUUACAAACAAAGUUAAGGUCCGUUUUCGUACAGCUCAGGAAAUCUGAAUUUUUAAGAACUGCUUGAGGGUGAAUAAAAAGGUGAAGAGAUGUUUUGUGGUAGCAGAUGCAUUUUUGGGCACAUUCUUUAAGUGACUCUUAAAGGCAUGUAGGGAUAUUUGGACCAAAUAGAAUAAAUAUGAAGUAUCUGCUAAAAUUUCACAGAUGAGUGAAUUAAAUUAAUUGCUUCAUAUCACUGUUGUUGACAGGUUGUAGGUGGGGUUUUUUAUGUGGUAUGUAUAUAUGAUUUUUUUCCUUUAAAUCUGAAAUUGUACAACCAGAUUUCACCCAUUUUUACCUCAAAACUUUCAUGUUGCUACUUUAAAGUGCAUGAUUAUCAUAUUAGAGGGAACAUUGUCCUCACUCAGAUUACUGUGGUAGUGGGUCAUUGGGUGGCAGCAGUGUAUCAGUACAGUACAAUGGUGUACAGGAAGGUGGAGAAUUAAAUUUGUUCAUCUGGGGGGAAUAAGUGAAAAAGCUUCAAUAUAGUGAUUAGUUCUCUUGUGGAAACUGAUGGUAGAGGUGUUCAAAGAAAUCCGUAUUUGUUAACAAAGGACUAUUAGUUCCUCUUAUACAUAACCCCCUUGCUGAAUUUGUGGUGAUAAUUUCUGGAGCUGUUUAUCCCAUUUUACUUGAUAAAACUUGGGGCAGCUUGAUUUUUACUUAGCUUCUGUGUUUAAAAAUAGUUUCCCACCUGCCAGUUACAUUUCUGCCUAUAAUAAUGAUAAAAUAUCAUACAUAUUACCUGAGCCAAUCUUACAUCUGCAUGAGUGUCCUACAAAAAAAGGUAACUAAACCAGUCAGUUUCACAAAUGAAUUCCAAAUGGGAUGUGUUGAAUUGUGAGGGAAUUUGUUGCACCUCAGAUGACUGAUGUGCUUGUUACUUGAUAAAAAUUUGACACAUUCAAUGUUAUUUUGAAAUAAAUAGCUGAUAGGGAUUCGUCGUGUAAUUUGUAGUCUUUCUAAUUUGAGAAGAAAAUUCAGAUUUUUUUGAAUAAAGAUUAUUUUCUUGCAGACAAAAUGGUAGUUAGGGUACAUGUGGAAGUGUCCAUGGAAGAAAAUUGUGCAUGUAUGAGAAGACUGUGUAAUAUGAGGUAAAAACACCGCUCCCUUUCCCAUUGAAGUGGCAAAAAAAAGAUGCAUUUGAUUCUUGAUGUUUAUGCAGGGCAUAUUAGCAAUAUGUUUUAUAAAUUAAACCUUCUAUGGAGCUUAGGAGGAAAAAAAUACAUCACAGUUAGAGCUGCCAAAGUACCAUAUGUGUGAUAAAUCAAACUGUCAUGUACGAUGUUGCUCUUAUGUAGAGAUGUUCAUAUUGAAAUUAAACGAAUGCAGUACUGAGUUUGAUAUUUCUGUUAAAGGAAAUGCCCCAGUUACGUACUCCUUAUGUGAUCUGUUAGCAAAAAAAUUGAUGAUUGUAAUUCUGGUAACUCAAAUGUCAUAUUGUUAACCAUGUGGAAUGUUUCAUGUUUUGCUCUGGUGGUAUCUACUGCAGAGAGGCCACUGGAAAUAUGAGCCCUCCAGCUGUAAUUACCUUAAUGUUCAAAUAAAAAAUAGUUAAAUGGCA